UAUCCCAGUUGACUCUGAAAGGUACCGAGGAGGCCUCCUCCAUCUGGCUCCUCCCUGAGAGAAAACAUUCCAGUACAGAGAGAGUGUGCAAAAGGAAGUGGAAAGUCUCCGUCUUACAACGCACCGAUUGCUUGCUCGGUGGACAUUGAGUGCAUGUGAGGAAGUUCCGAAGCCCGGAAAGUGAAGCUUGUCACCCAGCAGCGGGCAGAGGACAAUGAAGCUGGUGUUCAUCCUGUUACUUUCCACAACCGGGAUGCUGUGUGGAGCUCAGUUCUACUACCAGGCGCUGAUGGACUAUCUGGAGAACAGAUUGUUGGCUAUUGAGGACCACAUGCACUUGUGGCAAGAGCAGUCACGGCAAUACCACAAGGAACUUCAGGAUUUACACAAACGGUCCAAGAGGACUAUAGAGGGUCUGGCGCAAGAACACAGCAUGCUAUCCACCGAUGUGGAGGCAGCUGUGACCCGAUUGAAUCGGGUGGAGCAAAACGUGGACUUUGUGGAAAGCCAGACAUCCCCAAGGGCUUGUGCAAACCAGGCGGACCGGGUGUUGGAGCAGGGAGUGUGGAGCCAGGAGGAGAGUCGGGGAGAGGAGGAAGAAGACUGGGAGGAGCUGCCCUCUAGAGUGACUGACUGCGUGGAAAUCAUCUCUGCCAUCCGGUCGGUGAAGAUCCUGAAACGAGUGGGUGGUUCUAAGGGUGUGUGGCUCCGGGACCCCCGGUCAUCCAAGGUCUACGUAUUUAACGGGACAGCGGGGGACACCAUCUACCAGUUUGACUCUGUCAAGGAGUUUCUUCAGGGCUCUCCGGGUGUCGCCCUCGGUCGGCCGAUCAGGCUGCCGUCCAAUUGGAAGGGCAGUGGCGUCGCUGUUUACAACGGUUAUCUGUAUUACAUCCAGGAGGGGGAAGACAUGAAUGUGGUCAGGUAUGACAUCAUUGGUGGCAGGCUCAUGGAUGUAGCCAUUCUCCCCAUGGAGAGCCGAGCUACUGUUUACAGCCUCAACCCCGAGACGGUAGCAGAUCUCGCAGUGGAUGACCAAGGCCUCUGGCUUCUCUAUGCCAGCGGUGAGACCCAACCAAACAUCAACCUCGCAAAAAUGGAUCCCGUCUCUCUGGAUAUCGAGCAAAUCUGGGACACCCACUGCCCGAGGGAGAAUUCGGAGGCGGCUUUCAUUGUCUGUGGCGUCGUCUACGUUGUUUACAACACACCGCAGACCAUUCGCUCUCGGGUCCAGUGUGUGUUUGAUGUCAAUGACAAGGUGGUGAGUGAGGAGGCACCCCUCUUUUAUUUCCCCCGACGGUAUGGAGGACACGCCAGUCUCAAGUACAACGCCGAGGAGAAACAAAUCUACAGCUGGGACGAUGGCUACCAAAUCCUCUACAGGCUCACGACCAAAAGGAAAAUGCUGGUUUGACGGAGCCAAACCAAUGUCAUUUAUGGUAAAAAUGUUUUGUCAAAAACAUGGAAACACAUGUUAGUUAGACUUCCACUAGUCUUCGAUGUUAACAAACACUUUGAUUGUUGUCUAAGGCAGGUUUGUUACCGAUGUGUUGCUUUACUGUUGUAUGUUAGUUGCUCCACGUACAGCACUUUGUAUGCAGCGAUGGCUGUUUGAAAGUGCUCUAUAAACACAGUUGAGUUGAGUUGAGGGGUCCCAUACCCACCGGUCCGCGGACUGCCCAUUUGUUUUUGUUUUUGCCGGGCAUGGGUUAAACACACAACCUGCCUCCAACACCAUGCAGCCCGUCGAUUAACUACCAAAGGGUAAUAUAUAAAGGGUUGGGUAAUUUUAUGAUCGAGAUUCGUGAUAUUACGUGACCAGCGGCGAGCUGUGAGCAUGUUUAUGCCAUCAAACAUGGCGGAAACUCUAGCUAAUCGGAGUCCUCAUUCUAACAUUGUUUUGCAAGUGGAAUUCACCAUCGAAAUUCACCAAGAAAUAAAAGAAGAUGCAGUGCAGAGAAUGUAAUAGAAUCAAUUUUGACGAAACGUACAUCUGAACGUGAUGCUCAUGGACAAACAUGACUUCCAGAAAUUAAGCUAUUUUGACAAGAGAAGUUCCUCUCCUGGCGGUAUCUCCAGAGCGGCAUGGAGGAAGAAGCUGUUGUGCAUGGUAUGCCGUCCAAAACAAGACAAUACAAGAAAUCCGCUGA